CACACUGAAAGUAUUCACUCAACUUCUACUUUUUACAGGAGCUGAAUGACUUGGCACGUGAUCCACCAGCACAGUGUUCUGCGGGUCCAGUUGGAGAUGACAUGUUUCACUGGCAAGCCACAAUCAUGGGACCUAAUGACAGUCCAUAUCAAGGUGGUGUAUUCUUCUUGACAAUUCAUUUUCCCACAGACUACCCUUUCAAACCUCCUAAGGUUGCAUUUACGACAAGAAUUUAUCACCCAAAUAUUAACAGUAAUGGCAGCAUCUGCCUCGAUAUUCUAAGAUCACAGUGGUCUCCUGCAUUAACUAUUUCUAAAGUUCUAUUGUCCAUUUGUUCACUGUUAUGUGAUCCUAACCCAGAUGAUCCCCUAGUGCCAGAGAUUGCACGCAUCUACAAAACAGAUAGGGAAAAGUACAACAGAAUAGCCCGGGAAUGGACUCAGAAGUAUGCAAUGUGAUGCUACCUUGUGGAAGUCGGAACAGCCUGCAUUAUAGCUGGAAUAAACUUUAAAUUACUGGGUUUUUUUUUCUUUAUUUGGCUGCUCCCCUUAUCAGACCAUCUUUUUUUUUUUUUUUUUUUUUUUAACCCCCAUUUGUGCACAUGCUCUUGUAAGAAGAUAGUUCCUCCAGCUUGGACAAGACCAGCUUCAUGAAUUUCAGAAGUCGUUUUCAUCAAAAUUGCCGAAAGUUCAGAACUCUUAAUGGAGCAGGUGUCUACAUGGCCAGUACCUUCACAGCCCUUGGUUAUGAGACUAAAACAUAUCUCAUUGCUCUAUCAAAUGUUGAAGAUGUUGACGCAAAAGGAUGAUCUUGCAUUAUCAACCAUCUUGUAAGGAUCACUUUGAUGCUGGGAUAGCGUGCGCUUUCUAAGGUUUUCUGAUAACAUUAGAAUUGAGGUUGAUCAGUUUUAUGCUCAUAACUGACAUUGUGGAUGGAUAAUCGCAGCAGAGUGUACGCGUCAGCAGUACAGAAAAUAAAUGCUGUAGUUAUGCAUGUUAAUAAAGGAAUGACCAAUUUUUGUUCUGUAGCUAAUGGAAAUCAGGUGGGAGAGGGUGGGCAGGGGUGGGAGGGAAGGGUAGGAUGUGGGAAUUCUCAGAAAUCCCCAGGUAGGGUCGGAUCAUUUUUGUAUUUUUUUUCAUUUUUUUCUUUCUUUUUAGAAGUUGGGAGCUAUUAGUUAAUCUAUCUUCCACAACACUGUUUUACGUAGCACUGAAUAAAUGAUGCAAAGCUGUCAAUGGUUGAAUGAUCAACUAAUAGCUCUGCUAGUUAUUGAUUUCUUUUCCUCAAUAAAGUUGCAUAAACCAA